CCCUGUCCAUAAUUAAAUUCGUUAAUUCUCCAUCCUACAUAGUUCUCGAGCACGAAUUAUCUAUUUCUUCUGUAACGUGUUUGUUGUUGAGUGAUUUCAGGUUUUGACUUGAGACAAUGAGUUGUCGACACUCUCUGAUAACAUUGAGACACUUCACUAGAUAGAGAUCUGCUUGCUGUGAUUAGUAUAGUACAAUCCUGACUUUACUGAUGAUUUCAGGUUUUUGUGUUGGCUGACCAGAAAUAUUGCAGCAAUGUAUGUGUUACAAAAUCUGAACCUGUGGUGACCUCCCCAUCCCUUGCACUUAGUGGCAUCAGACAAACAACAAAAAGACCACAAACUGACCCUUUCCUGAACAAACAAUGGACUCAGACCAACACGGUGUUUUCCCAAGUUCUCCCAAGUAUCAUCCAUAUUACCCUCAGAACACGGAGUGUGGUGGCGUAAUCGAUUUAGGUCUCAGCCUGAGAACCAUACAACAUGAGAUUUACCAUACAUCUGGCCAAAAAUAUUGUAGUAAUGAAGGAUACAGACGGAAUUGGGGUUAUGUAAAGGUCACUAUGGAUGGGUUUGUGGUAGGUCGCAAGGUAUGUGUUCUUGAUCAUGGAGGCUAUUCAACUCUUGCUCAUCAACUCGAGGACAUGUUUGGGAUGCAGAGUGUGUCGGGAUUGAGAUUGUUCCAGAUGGAGUCUGAGUUCUGUUUGGUCUACAGAGACGAAGAAGGUAUCUGGAGGAAUGUUGGGGAUGUUCCAUGGAAUGAGUUCAUAGAAACCGUGGAGCGGCUGAGAAUCACAAGAAGAAACGAUGUUAUACUUCCGUUUUAAGUUCAAAAACUUAUUAGCUUCUCCUCUCUUUCUUCACUCUUUGUUCUAGUUUCGUUUUAAGUUCAAAAACUUAUUAGCUUCUCCUCUCUUUCUUCACUCUUUGUUCUAGUUUCCAAUUGUCAGCUCUGAUUUCUGAAUCUUGAAUGGGAAACGAAACAAAAGAAAAGAGGUAAAUGUAACUUUGCAUACGAUUAUUCGAAAUAAAGAAAGAACCACGAACAAGACUUGUGUCUAAAGCA